GCUCUUCUGCUUCUUCCGCACGCGGAUUCGCUUUCCUCGACGCCUGUCCUUGCCUCGAAAUCCCCAGAAUCUUCUGCCAAUUCCCGUCGCGCACUUCCUGUUCUUAUCGACAGACGCUUCUAGAGCUCGUUCCCUCCGUCUGCGUAUCCUCAUCUCUCCCUCUAUGUCUUCCCGACAUGCUGCGUCGUCGUGUAUCUGCCUUUUAGUGUCCCGUGUUUCGCUGCUGCGUCGAUUAUUCAUUCUGUGACUCUCAGACCCUCCGAUCGAGACAUCUCAAUCGUUCACUAUCACUUUGGGGAAUUUCUUGGACUCCUGUCUUCGAAGCUCCCAUACAGAAUAACCCGGUUCAAUGACGGUCCUAGUAGCCUCCCUCUACCUACCCUAUACCAUCGAUUUCAAGCCUUCCGAACGAAGACAUGCUCGUUUCCAGUCAUCCGAGAGUUCAACUGCGUCUAUCAACAGAGCAUCUCGCUGGGAACGCAGAUCUCUCAGCCUUGGCUUGACACCUGGAGCAACUACAGAUCAUGAGAAGAUCUUCAGGUCUUAUGCAUUCAAGUCCGCUGCCGAGUUACCGUCCGUAGAUGAUCCCAAUGGUCCAGUUCCCAGCGAGCCUGGCCUCGUCUCCUGGGGUCGAAGCCGGAAAUUUCAUCAGCCGCCUUCCAAGGCUGAGUUUCCUCGGCAGCCCUCGAUUGUAAGUCGGUCAGAACUCUCGUUGGAUACGGAGACCCAAUUUCGCGUGGAAGGGUCCAUACAUGGACCGGAUUCGCAAGAAGGACAGCCGAGCCCACGCUCUCUACUUUCCAAGGAUUGGGUUGUCAAAGCUGCGGAACAGGGGAAUGGUGCAUUACGAAAUGCUAUCAGCGCGGCCGAAGAAGCUGGUAUCUUGACGGACAAGGUGUGGGUGGGCACGCUCGGAAUGCCGACCGACGCACUGGACGAUGAGACCCGUGUUAACAUUGCAGAAAUACUCGAAGACCAAUUCGAGUCAUUGACAGUGUUCGUAAGCGACAGUGAGUUCGAGGGGCAUUAUUCACAUUUCUGCCGCACGGUCCUGUGGCCGGCGUUCCACUACCAGAUGCAGGAGACUCCGCGACACACUAAGUACGAUGACUACUCCUGGAAGCAAUACGUUAAGGUGAACGAAGCCUUUGCGAACACUAUUGCUGCCCAUUGGCGUUCAGGGGAUAGCAUCUGGAUACACGACUACCAUCUUUUGCUGCUUCCUCAGCUACUCCGCGAGAGGCUGCCUGGUGCGGAAAUUGGCUUCUUUUUGCAUGCUGCAUUUCCUUCAUCCGAAGUAUUUCGGUGUCUUAAUCUACGCGAUGAAUUGCUGAAAGGUGUUUUGGGGUCUGAUCUCAUUGGAUUCCAAACGGAUGAAUACUGUUGCCACUUCCUCCACACGUGUGGCCGCCUCCUGGGCCUGGAAGUGUCCGCCGACGGCGUCCAGCUUCGGGAUCGCUUUGUCCCCGUUGAGACAUUCUCAUUUGGCAUAGAUCCCGAAGGUCUUGACCGCGCACGACAUUCCGCAGAAGUGAAGGGCUGGAUAGACGAGAUCUCCGCCAGGUAUAAGGAUAAAUACUUGAUCGUUGCGAGGGAUAGGCUUGAUGGGCCUGCGGGCAUUAAGCAAAAGCUUCUGGCCUACGAAUUGUUUUUGAAAAGAUACCCCAAAUGGAGAGAAAAUGUAAGUAAAGCGGUCAUUGCCCUGAUCCCGCCUUUCCUGUGGAGAAUGCAUGCAUACUUACCAGCUCAGGUCGUCCUGAUACAAAUCGCGACGUCCACAGCAGAGAUACCUGAACUAGAAGUUCAAAUUUCCAAGAUCGCGAUGAGAAUAAACUCGGUAUACUCCACUUUGACGCACCAACCGCUGGUGCUACUUAGGCUGGACAUAAACUAUUCCCAAUUUCUAGCCCUCUUACAUGUAGCGGAGAUCUUUAUGGUUACCUGUUUAAGAGAAGGCAUGAACCUUACAAGCCAUGACUAUAUUCAAUGUCAAGACGGCAAGAUAGGCCCGCAUCGCCAUGGAUCUCUGAUCCUCAGCGAGUUUGCCGGGAGUGCCUCUAUAUUUAGCGGGCAUGAGCUGUUGGUGAAUCCGUGGGAUUACAGGCAGUGCGCGGACGCCAUCAAUACUGCUCUGGAGAUGACACCAGAACACAAGCAGCGAAACUGGCAGUAUCUGUACGACCGCAUGGCCCCACACACUGCAAUUUCUUGGUGUGAGUCGUUCAGCAAGAAGCUUUCUGCGACCCACGACUCGCUGUGGUCUCACGAACCUACCCAACUUUCGACCCUUUCACCCGACGUCCUGAAAAAAUCAUAUGAUGAUUCUAGCUCGCGACUGUUUCUGCUUGAAGACGGCUGGAUGACUUAUUCUACUGGUUCGAUAUCUGGCCAGCAGAGGGCCGCCCUUCUCAGCAGGUUGGUCGAGAACCCGAAGAACUUAGUCUACUUGACCAGUAGCAAGAGCCCAGAGCAGCUCGAGCCACUUGUCAGGGAACUUCCAAGUGGAGUCGGUAUCAUCGCAGAGAAUGGUUGUUUCUUACGUGAGAUCGGUGCCUCGGAAUGGGAGGCGCUUAUUGACAUCGACAAAACGAAGGACUGGAGGGAAGGCGUGAAGAGAGUGAUGAGAUACUUCCAGGAGCGGACCGAUGGAAGCGAGAUAGAAGAACGCUGCUGCUCGUUGGUCUUCCUGUACAACAACACCACUGAUAAUGAAACCGCAAGCCGACAGGCCUCCGAACUUGCAGACCAGAUUAAUGGUGCUCGCGGCAGCGAAGCAAUCCGAGUCGCCCUCAACGAUGGCGCAGUAAUUGUUGAACCUUCCAAUGUCUCAAAAGCUACUGCCGCCGACCUUGUUCUUCAACGGUUACUGCCACAACGCCCUGAGUUCCUGCUCGUUGCCAGCAGUGGACGUAGCGAUGAGGCUUUGUUCCAAUGGGCAAAUGGGUUGGGAAAGGCAGACUCGCCCAUUUCGCUUCCCCAUGUUACUACGCUCUCUAUGGGGACUCAUACUACUAGGGCGAAGUCAACGCUGACAGAAGAUAUGACCUUCGCAAGCGUUGUUAAUGUUUUGUGUCCUGACAACACAUCAACAACGACUACUUCCAUUUCAGCGUAAUAAGAAAGAGAUUCAUGCGUUGGUUGCUUGUUGAAAUAUACCUUUACUCUUCUAUUCUUCUACUUUCCCUUUAGUUUUCAUGGAUUGAUGAAUGAAUGCAUGGCCAUAAUAUAAUACUAGGAGCAUAUUAGAUGCUACAUGCCCUGAUCUCAAGACUUAUUUCAUAAUGAUUUAAGAAUUAAUUGUCAC